AUGGUUUGCUGCAGCUGCUGCCUGCCCGUGGCUGACGAGCCCAGCUCCCCCAAGAAGGCGAAGAGCAGCGAGCUGGAGCGCUGGCUGCCACCGCCGUCCCCCGAGUGGGCCAUCGUGAGGGUCAUCCCCGAGGAGGAGAUGGCUGAGCACAACCUCCUCGCCGUCAGAGUCAUGGUCACCAGCGAUGCCAGCAGCUCGGAGCUGGACUCUGACCUCAGCGGGGACUCCUCCAGCUCGGAGCCGAGCGAAGGCCUGCCCUCACCGCCGGAGCCCCGCGCCCAUCCAGAGCUGGGCCCCGCGCCCAUCCAGAGCUGGGCACCGCUCAUCAGGAGCCCCGAGCGGCCCAAGGAAAGCUCCAGAACAUCCAAAGUCGCUGAUGCACUCCAGAGAGCCAACAGUUUUCAGUCCACGGCGUUAAAUAAGUAUCAGAAUUGGAGGAGAAAGAUCCAAACGAGCCUUCCCCUACUGUCAAGCAGGAAGCCUGGGCCCCACGGGAAGGAGAGCUCAGCCGUUUGCCAGGGCACUGCUGCCGAGGAGCACCGCCAAGCACAGUUGGCUUCUUACAAGAAGCCACCAGAAAUUCCAAGAGGACAUUCUGAACCCUGCAGCUCAGCGUUUCAAAGGAAAGAAGAAGCCAGGGAGGUGGCUGAAGACACAGAUUGCUACGUGCCUCACUGUCCUGUUCAGAGCAGCAGCACAGCUCCUCCACAGAGCCCUCUUGGGAAUGGGACACUGGCUGCUGCUUUUUGUGAGCCUGAAAACACAGACAGGGACACUGGGACACGCUCAGCCCAGGACUGGAAGGAGAAAGCACAGAAAUUCACCUCUGAGCCAGAGCACUUCAGCGGGAAGACAGAAGCGCUGUCACCUCUGGAUUUGAAAGAGCAAGAUGGCAAAAAUACCAGGCAGCCAGAGGAAAAGCUUGAGCAAGAAUUAAAGGAGGCCAAAGAGGGGCUGGGGCCUGGUACUCAGCAGCAGGCGUGGUAUGGCUCACCCAGGGCACACCCAGAUGGUGCUGCAGCAGCUCCAGCAGCGGACACAAAGGAUGCUCUGAGGGUUCCAGACGUGGUUUCCCGGGAACAUGUGGCCAGCCAGCCAAAAUCCCCCCUGAGGCUCAUAGCCAAUGCCAUCAAAAGGUCCAUUUGGGAGCCUCUAACCUCAGCUCCAGAAGGGUUAAAGCAGGACUCGGACAGCAAAGCCAAAGCCUCUUCAGAACAAGCCUUCUUCAGCUUCCCCAGCACUUCUGGGUAUUCCCUGAGGCAAAGGAACAGGAACAACAAUAACACUCAGUCACAGGAUCCUAAAGUAAGGGAGGGGGCAGGAAAAGAAGGAGGAGAUGGGAGCCCUUACUCGAGUCAGCCUCAUUCUCCUGUGGGCUCUGAAGAGACAGCUCUAAGGGAUUACAGGGGAGGGGUAUUCUUCACACCUUACAGGCCUGCACCCCAUGUACCUCUGAAAGCAGCUUGCACUAGGAUGGAGGAAGUCCCAGGACUCCUAGAAAAGUUCACCUUUGAAGACAGUCCUGUAGGAGCUCCCCUGGAUGAAAUAUGUAUCCGUAAGAAAAAGGCCACUCUUCUUUCAUCUCCAGAGCCCAAGAACUCCUUUAAGGACACUCUGGAUGACUCUGCACAAAAAGGGUCACUCUUCAACAGACUGAGAAGCAAAACUCGUGAAAGGGAACGGAAUUCCAUGGUGUCAUCUCUGCCCCUCAAUAAGGACCAUUCUCCAGAAAGGUCAUGUUAUCCUUUCACAGGAGAGGAACACCUACCUGUCAGAAAACAAGCUACUGAGUAUCCCACUUCAUCCUCCGACGAGGACUUGGAAUCCAAGUCUUUGUUGAUGCACAAGGCAGAAAGGGCUCUCAGAAAGAGAAGGAGGCUGGAGAAGGAGACGAAGCAGUUGAUGAAACAAGAGGAACUGAAAAGGCUUCACAAAGCACAGGCAGUGCAGCGCCAGCUGGAAGAACUGGAGGAAAGACAAAGAGCUCUGGAGAUUUUUGGUGUCGAGCUGGAGAGAGAACUAAGAGGAGAAGCAGAUUCAGGCACAAAGGAUGAAAAUCAGAUGCUGCAUGAAUGGUUUGAGCUGGUCAUGGAGAAGAAUAAAUUAAUGCGCUAUGAGUCUGAGCUCCUGAUUAUAGCCCAAGAGCUAGAACUGGAGGACCAGCAAAGCAGGCUGGAGCAACAGCUGAGAGAGAAGAUGGCCAUUGAUGAUAGCCUUAAAGAUGAGCUGGAUCUGAACGAGGAGGAUGAAAUUUUUACUGAGAUGAUGAAGGUGGUUGAAGAAAGGGACAGACUCGUGUGUGCCUUAGAAGAGCAGAGAGUGAAAGAAAGAGCAGAAGACCAGCACUUGGAAAGCUUUAUAUUAUCUACAGGCUAUCAGCUGAGCAGGAUUUAAACAGCCACAUGCAAAUAAACAUCCUUGCAGCAGUAUUCCCUGCCAUGGAGAUACAGUCUGCUGGAAAAUGAAGGAAUUCAAAUUGAAAAUCUGCUUAUUUGGGAAACAUGUUUUGUUAUCGAGCGGUUCUUUUGCUUAUGGCAGAGACAGUCAUUUCACUGUCAGCUCAGAGCAUCACUGGGAUACAGAUUUGGGCUGAAUUUGUCUGUCUGGUGGGCACCAGGGUCUGUGAAAGGGAAAUCAGAGCUCCAUUAUCCUACUGGAAUUUUAUUUUAAUGCUGAGAGUGGAGUUUCUGAGGAACACGAUGACAUCAUUUAGUAUUUCUGAGAGAGCCUUACUUUCCGUCUGUUUGUCUGAAUCUCUGUGUGCCUUUGUUAAUAUUUUGGCACAGCCAAGCCAUGGUCAACUAUAGAAAAGUCAGAAAACAAGCACCUCAUAAAAACAGGGUUAGUCUUUAUUUCUGGUGGAGGAAGAGUCAUUUGACUAAUGACUACAUAUAAGCACUUACUAAAACUACUGUAAAUGCAAUGUCAGAAAUUAAUUUUUCAGGUAUUUAUAAGUUUAUUGCACUGUGUAUUUUUGAACAAGAAGUUCAAGCAAUAUUAAAUCCCUGCAUUUGGUAAAAUGGUAAGGGAUUAUCAUAGGGGUGACUAUCCUUACAGCUGUUACAUGCUCAAAAAAGUUUCUGUAUAUCAGAGAUGAAGGUCUUUAAAACAAGAUAAAAGAUAACUUAAAAAUAGUAAUUCAGACCCAAUUGAUAUUUAUAGGGCAGACUUUACUAUGACAGACUUUACAAUUUCUUCAUAAAAUAGAUCACAGAUGGUAUUGUUGGGUGUGAUAAAUGCUAUAGCAGUUAAUUCUCCCCGAGAAUGACCCCAUGAAAGGACUGCAAAAAAUGUUGAGUUUUUAAUAUCAACAUUUGGCAGAAAAUAUUGUGAGUGUAUUUAAAUUGCAUUUAUCUUGCUGCUUGAGAAUAUAUGCAUAUUUUUUGCUUAAAGGGACCAUCUCCUAUCUUUUUUGUACAUGCAUUUGUAGAUAUUGGCAAAAGAGCAUGCAGAAAUUCUCCUGAUUUAAGUAACCUCUUAAAUCUGAGAUAAUUCUGCAAUUUGAGAUUGGUAAUAUUCCCAACUGUAUGUGUGAUGCACUAGAUUUUCAAACUGGAAAAAACAAGGGGAAACUGAAAGACUGGGGUUUUUUUUUUGGUGUUUUUUUGAUAUCAUUUUACCUCGUGCUCUGAGAAGAUUUGAUGUUCUCAUUAUGUUGUGAAUGGUGCUAAUUUGCAGCAUCUGCCUAUGGUACAGCCAAAGAGAGAAGAAUUCCUGUUAAAAAAGCUUUAAACUGAAAAAUCUCUUGGUGGUACUGGUAAAGUAACAGACACUGGAUCCUGUCACAAUAAUUUAUGAGUUAUCUUCAGGGAUUUGUUGGGUUUGUUGUUGUUUUUUGGUUUUUUUCUCUAUUGCAAGAAAUUUGAAAUGCCCUUUCUAAAUGUAGAAGCAAGUUUUUGCUGUUGGCCACAGAUAAAUAAUAUACCUCUGCUGGUGCAAGCUUUAUGGUAUUGCUCUGCAAUGUUUAUUUAUAUUUAUUUAUUACACUGUUUAAAGAGGGCAAGAGUGUCUGGUUACAUUUUACAGUUUGGAUGUUGUCUCCAAUUUUGAUUGAAAAAUGUGUAUUUCUAAGAGCUGUGUACAGCAAAGCUGUGCAUUGCAGAGUACACAGAUUUAUAAAUUUGGUAAACAGUUAGCAAUAAAAUAUGAAUUAAGAUUUUAAACAAUGUUCUCAGACCAUAACUUGAAGGGAUACCCUUAAAACACAGCAUUCAGGGCUUUAACAUAUAAUUUGUCUUUCGUCACAGUGAAAAGACAUGGAAGAAGGGAAGAACCCUUAAAUGUGUUCCAAAAUAAGCACCAGACUUUUUUCUUCCCCCUCUCAUUCAUAGUCUAAGCUCUACCUGAUCUUCAGAUGACAUUUUUACUGAGAUGGAUUGCAGUGACUGAUUUUUUAAACUAACUCUAUUACUUAAGACUGACACAAAGUAGGAGAGGCAGGGCAGCAAUAAAUAUAUUCAUUUUCUCUGUUGAGAUCUGCUGGUAUUUCCAGUCUUGCAGAGGAGAUUUCUGGGUUUUAUCACUGUCCCCAGUCCUGCCUCAUGCAGUCCUGUAGACACAAGACAGUCUAGGAAAUGUCACCAUUUUCUGUCAGAGUCAUCCUGAUUUCAAGGUAUUUUAAAAAAGUUUGAAAGAGCUUUGCCCAGGAGGAGAGUUCUGCAGGAAUCUCCAGUUAUAUCAGAGAUUGUUUUUUUCACCUCACUUUCACAAUUAAGAAGUGCACUCCCAUUAGUGCUGCUGUUGCAGAUAAACCCUGGGAUUUCAGUUUACAGCAGAUACCUGCUCAGCUAUGAAACCAAACUCCAAAGGCUGCUAUCCCUUUAGCUCCAAAGAUUUGCAUUCUUGAGAGUAUCAGAGUCCACAGAAGAUGAGGGCCACCAGAACUUUAUGGGCAUCAAAAAUAUUCUUUGCUAAAGAAACGCUUUUCUGGAUGCUCUGUGGUUGUUACACAUCUCCACCCAAAACUGCCUGCUCUUGGGUGGGAAAACCUGUCAGGCUGCUGCUGCCCUGCCUGAUCUUGAGUACCUCACAGGAUUACAUCCAAAAAUAAACUGCGCAAGUGAUUUAGAAAAUUUAAAUCUCCUAAAGCAGGUCUUUGUGUACUGUGAGAGUAGAGAAGGGGUUAAAGAGAAAGAGAAGCCAUGUGCACUGUUCACAGGUCAACUUCACAUGGUUGGCUUGUAUUAGAAAUGCAUUUAACCACUGGUUUGGUUAUCAGUUUUCUUGCUGCUCAAUCUUUUCUGUAACUUGGCUAUUUAUAAUAGAGUUGUUAAUUUCUGAGUUCAUGGCACUGUUAUUUCGGGGUAUAAUGUGUUGUGCUGGAAUGUACCGAGUGUGUCUAAAUGGGCUGCUGGUGAGAAAUUUUCUAUUUGAAAGAAUAAAAUUC